AUGCUCUGUGUGCACGAUGGGAGUGCGUGGCUAAGGGAGACCGGUGCGGCAUGUGUCUUGGACUGCAGCAGAGACACGAACGCCUCCCCAAGGCGUGUGCAGCCAGCUGCUGCAGUAGCUCAUUUCUGGCUCCUUUUCAGCGCAUCUGGUCCAAAGAUUGCCCCGAAAUACGAAUCAAAAGCAUUCAGCAGGGAGAACUGCCACGUAAGAGCAUCCGGCCCCGAAGAUCGGCAGCUUUUGAGGGCAAUGGAGGAAUUUGCGGCGCCGGUAGGGGGAGACAGCGCGCUGCCGCUCCAGCAAGGGGCCCCCCAGGGAGCAGCCCCCUUGCCAGAAGCUGAGGGAGGAGGCACGGCGACAGUGGAUGCGAAUUUCGCUUCAGGAGAAGCGCCAACAGCGCCGUCAGCAGCAGUACCAGCCGUCACGACUGGCUCUGCUUCCGCCUGCCCGCAGGCGAAAGCAGACGAAGGUAGCAGCAGCGACACACAGGAAGAAAAUCCUCGCCCUCUGCCAGCUGAAGUCGCUCAUGAGAGCAGCAGCAGCAGGGAGCCUCGACUCGCCCCCUCGGCAGAAGCCAAGCAACGUGCUCGCCUAAAGCGGCAGUUUGUGCGCAACCAGUGGCUGGACAUAAACAAGGCACCGUCUUGGCCUCCUAUCAAGAAAAAUAGAUACCUCGAUACAGACUGGCAGAGCGUUGACUUCAAGCCACAAGCGCCUGAAACAAAAAAGAGCAGGUUGUUUCUCAAUUCUUUGUGUUAUUUGUUCGAGGGCGUUAUCACCAAGAAGAGCACUCUGGGGAGAAGGGCUGGUUUGGGUCUGUUCUGCGAACGCGCGAAAGGCUUCGCGAAGGGAACUGUCAUCACCGAAUUUGUUGGCUGGCUAGUCGAUCGCGAGCAAGCGGAGCAGCUCAGGAAGAGGCGCAGGGCUUCCCACAUAGUGGCAGUUCAGAAAGGCUUUUUGUACAUUGAUGGCGUCAAGGAUCCGUAUUAUGGCACCGGAGGGGCGAGCUUCGCGAACGAUGGCAGCGAGUUCUUGGGAGGGCCAGGAAACAACUCCUAUUUCUAUCACUGGUACGAUGAGGAGCUCGGGAGAACUCGCGUCUUUCUCCGCGCGACGCGAGACAUUGCUCAGGGAGAAGAGAUUUUUGUUCCCUAUGACAAGAACUACUGGUUGGACAACUUCGAGGAACAGGAGGAUAACUGCCCCGACGCGUUUAGGAAGCGCAAAAUCGAGCAGCUGCAGCGAAAGUACAAAGACUACACCAUCACGUCCAUGGAAGAUCUCAAGGCUAGACAGGCGCUUUUGGAGAAGCUGAAACGAGACAAGCUAGAAAAGCAAAAGGAAAAGAAAGCUCCUCGGAAGCCAAACGUGAAGCGUCCACUGUCCGGGUACAUGCGUUUUUCCGUAAGCCGUAGACGGGAGCUUAUUGCGGCGGAGCCAGAGUUGCGGCAUCCCAAGUGCUUCAAGGAAAUCGCGCAGAGAAUUUCUCAGGAGUGGAAAGCCCUCUGUCCGAAGAAGAGGAAAGCUUUCCAAGAUGAAGCCGCCGCCGACUUCACCAAGUACCGGCAAAAGGUCCUCGAGUGGAGGGCUAAGCAUGCGCCUAAGCGCAGAAGGAAGGCCAGAAGGAAUGCGAAUACACGCGUGCGUUCCGCUGCGGCAUCUUCCUCGGCAGAUGCAGGCAGCGAGGAAGCCGAGAUUAACCAAUCGGGAACGGAAAAGACUCCACAACACGCCGAGGUUGGUCAGACGGAGACUGAGAGCCCAGACACUGCAAAUGCGGCGACUGAUGUGCCUGAGAGCUCAGAUGAGGUCAGCAACAACAGCAGACAGUCAUCCUCUACCCCAGAGAGCAACCCCGCUACGAAAUCGGACAAAAACGCAGCCGUGAGUAGCGGAGAUCUUGCCGAAGCGAGCUGCAUAGCUGUCUUAGCGUAG